UUAUCGUCUCAGGUUCAUAUUCACUUUUCGGAACCACAACAACAAUGUCAAUGUCAUGUUAAUGGUCCACCACCAUGGACCGGGGAAAUUCACGGUCUCAGUCAGGCGCUACUGAGUGAAACGCCAGCGAUGAGGACAUUCUGGUGGUUAAUUAUGAUUGUAUGUAUUAUGUGCGGUACUGUUACAACAACUCUUGUAAUACUCGAAUAUGUAGAUGGACCAACUGCCACAUCAACAACAAUACGACUGGUGGACAGCCUCGAACUGCCGGCUAUUACUAUUUGUCCGAAGAUUCCGGACGCCUUCAACUCGACGGCACUGCUUGGAGAUAUCCGAAUAUCACUUCCAGAAAUAGGCAGCUCUACUGCUAUCGAUUUGGUGAAGUUCUGGAUUGGUGGUAACGGUCUUGAGAACAUGGAUGACCUGUCGUUCUUUAAUCGUACCUAUAUGAGUUAUCUUAGUCACCUUUAUCGUAGAUGGUCUAAUGGUCAUUCGACUGAGGAAUUUUUCAAUACUAUCCAGAAGAAAUACGGGUAUUCUUGUGAUGAACUGUUUCAAGAAUGUCAACUAGCUGGUAAAGUUAUGAGCUGUUGUAACGAUCUUUUUAAACGACAGGUUGUUAUGCGAAGAGGAAUUUGUUACCAAACAAGAAAAAUGGUGAAUCAAACAGAAGCUGAUGAUAUUGGAAGACUCGUGCUUAGUAUUAAGGCACUACCAAGCAUUACGAGUCCGCAGCACAAUUAUAUCCAGCCCCAAAUUGUUGUCUACAUCACCGACAAUUUCGAGCACGUUGUGGACUUUCCUCGUUUCUACCUAUAUCCCCACGAAUGGAAUCGCAUGCGAUUCACGGCUCGAUACAUUGAACUGAUAGAGAGUGAGGAUGUAUGUACACAAAAGUUCUUCGGAAAAGAUGCCCAAUGCGUUAUACGCAAAUGGCUGCUGUCAAAUACUGUCUACCCGUUCAAUUGCACGCUGUCUUACUUAACACAUCUUGAUAAUCUUCCACCGACAACUGGUGUCUGUGCACCGGAAGUGAUCGCAGUGAAUUACUACAACAACAUCCAGCUAGUCUGGAAUAGUGUGGCUGUGAAUGAAGAGUGCACUCCCGGUUGUCAUCGCUGGGAUUACCAAUCGGCACUACAGCAAACUCAAGCACUCUCACCAUUCUCGGAGUACACGUUUAAUCUUGAGGCAUCAUUUAAUGAUUUACAGUACGAGUAUGUUAGGGAAGUUUACACCACGUCUGUUCCUGGAUUCAUGUCGCAGAUUGGAGGUCAAUUCGGAUUUUUCCUGGGGCUAUCGAUCAUAACGUUACUGCAAAUGAUCCUAUAUGGAAUUCAUUUCGUGUUGACUAUAGCAGCCGAGAAAAUCAAACAAGCAUGUUCGUUCUUGACGACGUUUGUAAAACCUGCUAACAACGAGAGCAGAGGUCAGUUCAUGGUGAAUUCCGAAAUUCAUUGGACGGGUCCAAUUCAGUGGUCCAUUCUGAACUUUAGAAAGCAAGACAGAAGACUUAAAACUUGGAGGCUAUACAAUCCCAAACAAUCCGACGAGGCAACGGAAAUCUAG